AUGUUUCCUAUUGGUGCUUUCGGGCAUUUGUAUAUUCUCUCAGGCGAUAUUUGCCACAGUUUCAAGAUCCACAAGUUCGUGGGAUCACGCGUAGACAAGCAGUUUUGGAUAGCCGGGACUAAGGAAACGAAUCCACAGAUGGACUUAUUUCGGCUUUAUGGAAAUCGCUACUGCACGGAGCAGCGGCACACCUUCCGAGACGCUAUUCAACUCGCCAGGGAGGCCGGUUUGGUCGCCAGGAUGCACGUUGCGGUUAGUGUAAGAGAGUCCUAUUGGGUCGAAGACCGUCACGGGGAAGCGUUAUUCGGCAGUCGAACUGAUCCCGACCCAUCAGCGAGUGAGGUUGGCCCUGUAGCAGAACAUAUGGUCAUCAUGGAGGCCGGCAUGGUGUAUGAGCCUGAUUCUGCUAAUCCAUCUGAAGACAACUUUGUACCGAUCGUAGCUGAUGGGCGGGUAUGGCGUAUGGCCGACGUUAACGAAGUCGUGCCUGUAAAGCCAGUGAUAGAAGGAGGCCGAAUGCAUCUCUAUUGUCAAUCAACAGACUUCAAUCGAUGGAACUCUGUUUCUCCGGCAAUGUCGACGAAGGUGAGUUUUAGUCAUACCGAAGGCUUUGGUAUAAAGCGUCGAAGCGGCACCCAAAACUACAACAAACUGCUAGACGAGGAAGCCGUUAUUGUCGCGUGCCGCAAGGGAGACUCAAUAGCAUUUGAUAUUCUCCUGCAGGACGUCGAUCGAGAGAAGAUCGCGGAGUGCCGUGAUGAGUUCGGCUGGUCAUUGGCGAUGAUCGCGGCCCAUCGUCAAGGAGAGGACAACGAGAGCUUGUUGAGGAUCCUCGCACGACACGACAGUUUGCGUCGGUCUGAAGCUGCUGAGGGUCCUCACCUGCUCAUAGAUGCUCCAUCGAAUGAAGAGCAAAUGACCGCUCUCUCAGUCGCCAGUCGACGAGGAGAUACAAGUAUGGCCAAAUUACUGGUUGAAGCCAAAGCCGAUGUCGGACACCCCGACUGUCGAGGAUGGACUCCGUUGCACUGGGCCGCCGUCCAUGGACAUGACGACUGUGUGAGGCUCCUGGCUGCCACUAUAAGCCACUCAGAUAAGGUUACCAUUGGAGGACUGGAAGGUGAUGACCAUGAUGGAGGAGUCGACACCCAGGAUGUGGAGGGUCAGACCGCCUUGCACUGGGCGGCUCGACAAGGCAAGCUGAGCACGGUGAUGAUACUGGUCCGGGAGUUUGGAUGCCGUCUUGACAUGAGAGACCAUUGGGGUCAGACGCCGGUAGAAGCUGUCGAGCGUCAGUUGAAGGCCAUUGAGUGGCUACACGCAGCCUCUUGCGUUGAUCGUCAGCUUUGGAGGCUGGCCAAGAAGAGCGACAUAGUUGGUAUGAGGCAGCUGAUUGCAGCUGGUGUUGUUGAUGAUGACGAAGGUCGGGAUUCCAUCACUCAAGAGCCGAAUAGACUCGACGCUGAUGCUAUUGAAUAUGGUGCCGACAACCUCACACAUUGGAUGAGACUAUUGAAGUCGACCUUGGAUGGAUCAAUGGAUGCCGUGAAGUUACUUCUUGCGAGAGGCGCUGAUCCUCGACUCGCCGUGGAUCUGCUCUAUUUGGAUGAUGAGCAGCAGCAGCAGUCAGAGGAGGAGGAGGAGCUGACGGCCAAGAAGGAGGCACUACUGAAGAUCCGUACGGAACUGCUCAACCUAGUCGAGGCCACGAAGAGGUUAAGGAGGAGGAAGGAGGCUUGGCAGAUCCGAGAUUGCUUGGAGGCUGGUGUCUGCCCUGACACAUUAGACGAUGAUCUCGAGAGGGGGAAGAUGUCGGCGUUAAUGUGGGCCUCCCUCAAGGGCCUCACUAUACUUGCUGGUAUAUUAUUAGAGGCCGGGGCCGACGUGCAUGUUCGACAGCGGCUGAGAGGUUGGACGCCGCUGCAUUUUGCAGCAGCUUCGGGGCACUCCGAAAUCUGCGCUAUGCUCAUCAGGGCCGGAGGGUUGGAGCAUGCUGAUGACAGUCGAGGUUGGACAGCCUUGAUGCACUGCGCUGAUGUGGGCCGCUCGGACUUGGCUGAUCUUCUCAUCUGUGCUGGAGGCGCGUGUAGUGACAAAGAUAAGAAAGGUGAGUGA